AUUAGCCUCAGGUGUGUAAGGAAAACUAGUAGUGCAGGAGGACAACCUUAAACCUUUUCUUACACAUUUGUUUGAUUGCUUUAAAUAGGUAAACACAUAAGAAUACUCAUCUUGAAAUGAAUUCACCAUUAGAUAAUCCUCAUGAUAAGUCCAUUCAACAUAGCAAGGAUGUUCAAAAUUUGCUGAAACGGCUGAAGGAUGCAACUUCUAAACUGCAGCAAGUAAAGGCUGAAAAAGAAGUCAUAAGCAUGGAGGUCCAUCAGAGGCGUGAAGAAUUGGACCGGAGGAUGCUCUUGUUGCUGCAUGUAGACGAUCGAGUGUGUGAUGCAUUAAUGGAGCUGGAGGCUGCAAAACAGAAAAAACAGACGUUGACCCAACUGAAUCAGUCUUUGGACACAUCCGCUCGGGAGGUGAAGCUACGCAAUGUCUCUGUGAGUAUCAUGCAGAACCAGGUGAAGGAACUGGAAGAGGAGGAGAACAAGCUGAAACUGCAGUGUGAACAAGUAAAGAAAGAACUGGAUAAUGACCAGGAAGUUUAAAAGUAAUCUGGCUACUUAGCAUUUGUUAAUGUAAAUCUAACGUGUGUAAUGCAGAACCUCACAGUCCACGAAGGAAUAUCAAACAAAGUAUGUAAAACGUGUGUAUCAAUUUUUUGUGGCAUGACUAUAUCCUUCAUUUAGUUUUACAGUAAACUGUAAAAAAAUAUAACCCAUAAACAAUACUUUUGUACCCAAUAGUCUUUAAUUAGAAAAUGGAAAAUAUUCUGCUUUAGAUUUGUUAUGCAAUACAUUUUCUGUAGAUAACGAUUAAAGAUCAUUCAAAGCA